CUCAUCCUCCCAUCCUGAAUUCAACAUAUAUUCUGCCGUCUGUCUGUCUCACCAACUCCACUCUUUUCAGGUCACUCUCUCUUCCGAUGAAGCAAAUUCAUCCGAUUAGGCUCCUCUCCGUCAAAACAAUCAACAUCCUUCGAAAUACACCAAAAUUCAUUCUCCUAACAACGUCAAUCCUACUCUUAAUCACAAUAAUCCAUCCUCUAAUUUCAUCUUCUUCUGAAAAUGUUAAAAUCUCUUGGGAAGAUUUGAAGUUGCCAGGAUGCGACAUUUAUCGAGGAGAAUGGGUUUGGAAUCCAGAUGCGUCGUAUUACACAAAUAACAGUUGUAGUUUCAUUCAUGAACAUCAGAAUUGUAUGAAGUACGGCAGAACUGAUACUGAUUUUUUGAAAUGGAGAUGGAAGCCAAAUGAUUGUGAAUUGCCUGUCUUUGAUCCGGUUCAGUUCUUGGAGCUUCUCGUUGGGAAAUCUAUGGCGUUUGUUGGGGAUUCUGUUGGUAGAAAUCAAAUGCAGUCAUUGAUGUGUCUACUAUCCAAGGUGGAGAAUCCAGUAGACGUUUCAACAACUAACGAGUGGCAUUUUCAACGAUGGAAAUACACCAAUUACAACUUCACUAUUGCAACCUUUUGGACUCCUUUUUUAGUAAAAGCUGAACAACAGGAAGGAAAAGGACCCACAAAUAACGGUCUCUUCGAUUUAUACCUAGAUGAAUAUGAUGUCAAAUGGACAACGAAGAUACAUGAAUUCGAUUACAUUAUCCUCUCUGCUGGACAUUGGUUCUACCGGCCCCAAAUGUAUUAUGAAAAUGGCAAUCUUGUAGGUUGUUUCUCUUGUUUACGUAAUGAUGUCAAAGAUCUCGCAAUGUCCUAUGGCUAUGGAAAGGCAUUUCAGAAUGCGUUUAAGGCGAUAAACAGUUCACCAAAUUUUACGGGCACGACGUAUUUAAGAACAUUUGCACCUUCACAUUUCGAAAAUGGAACAUGGGAUUCAGGAGCAAAUUGUGUUAAAAAGAAGCCAUUUAAGAGUAGUGAAACUCAGAUUGAUGCUGAUGGUUUAUCCUUGUACAAUGCUCAACUGAAGGAAUUUAGGGUGGCAAAAGAAGAAGGGAAGAAGACAGGAAAGAAAUUUAGGUUACUCGAUACGACACAAGCAAUGUUAUUGAGACCAGAUGGACACCCAAGUACAAACGGACAUUGGCCACAAGAGAACGUCACUUUGUAUAAUGAUUGUGUUCAUUGGUGUUUGCCUGGACCUAUUGAUUCAUGGAGUGAUUUCUUACUUGAAAUGUUGAAAAUGGAUGAGUGAGAUUUGUUGGUGGAUUUCAUUUCAUGAAAAAAUAAAGUGGCUUCUUUAUUCUGAAAAAUAGGCUAACUGUAUAUUAGCUUAUUCUUGUGCGGUUGGGGUCUGCUUAACCCCCUCAUUUUUCCAAAACAGAAACAUAUUUAUGUAUUAGCUUCUUUGGCGGGAACAUAAUAUGUCCUCUUUUGUUUUUUUACAUAGUGUUAUUAUCACUCAAGUUGCUGAGCCGUUGCUUGCAAGGUGAGUAAUUGUGCAGCUGAAACUCUAUCUGUCAUCUUAUUUUUACUUUUCGCCGUGUAAUUCUUUGGUUGUAUUAUGCGCUCUUGCUUUACCUAGACGUGAAAUUAUGCCCUGAAACUCAUUUGGAUGAUUUC